CAUUGAUAAAACCCCUGAAAUCAGCACAAGAUAAACCCUCAAGUUGGGGUUUGUCAGUGGGUUCUCAUCGAAUGAGUAGACCGCAAGGCAGGACUACAACUACAGGAUCGUGGCAGCCUUGAGAGUUCGGGUUGAGGAGCUGGAAUGGCAACUACCAAACCCCGUACACCAGCGAAUCCAGGAUCUCAAACAGGAGAACUGAAAGCUUAGGUCUGACCUUUAGAAGUAUAACGACUUAUUCGAGACUUGAAUGGAGGGUUGACUAUGGUUGCAAGUUUCUACAUUCACAGUUUAGCAGCUUAUUGUUAAGUCUUCGUCCUUUACUGUUGUUCAUGUUUAGUAGUUAUUCCUGUUUGCGUUUUUCUGUUGUUAACGUCAAUGGUGAGUCUUGUAACGUGGUGAACGGUGAUGUUGUUGUUGGGUAUACUUUGCUUUUCAGUAAUUUCCAAGGAUGGUUGACGAACUAAUGAUGCAAAUGUUCAGGUUAAUUACAUAUUUUACGGUGGUUGGGUCUGUGAAUUAUAUUUACUCAAACUUAAUUUAUUUAACUUAACUCUGGUAAACUUAGGCAUGCUGCAGCAAAAAAUAGGGACCUAGGACUUAGUGCCCUAAUAGUUAAUUUAUUUAACUUACCGAGGAAGUCCACAGUGGAACCAACUACUAUGUAACCACAAAAUUUUGUAUAACUGCUGACGUUGAGUUAAUUUUUUGUUUAAAUUAAUUGAAUUACUUUUCCAACCAUAAAAUUGGGUAUAGUCUGCUACCAAUGCCAUAGGAUAUUAUUUACCUAUCUAAUGAGAAGGAAGGUGUUGUUUCUCCUGUCUUGUCAAACAGACGUGAAUAGGCGUGCAGAUGUGGUGGAAAAAGGUUGAUGUGUGAUUGGAUAAAGGUAGGGAAAACCCUAAAUUGCAUUUGAAGUUAGGGUCAACCUUGAGUGAAUUUUCCCGUGUGCUGUAUUGUCCCAGAAGACGCCUACAGAAACGAUGCCAUUCGGCCCAUUAGGCCAUAACACCAAAAAAGCCCAUGAAUAAGAAACCAAAUGAUGGGGUUCAGUAUGCAUUCUAUGACACGAAUUGGGCCGCUCUUGAACACAUUAGGUGAAUACAAUUAACAGUGGCCUUAUGUUUGAGUAGCUACACGUGUGUCAUAUUUAUGAACUGCAAUGUUAAUGGGAAUCGUCUAAAGCACACUAGUUUCCUAACCCACUGUACUUCCAUUCUAUUCUGCCCUUGCUCACACUUUUCCGGAUGGAGUUACACAAAGAGAAAAGUAUCGAGGAUGCAAUGAAGCGUCGAAGAAGAGCAACCAAGGAUGAAUCAAUGGAGCGGGUAACCACCGUGGACGAUGCAGUCAGCGGUGUCGAUGAUCACACACAGGUAUGAGAACGUUGUUCUUUUUCUGCAAAAGUGUGGUUUUUUUUCGUUCUUUAUCAUCCGGUUUAGUAUCACUUGCACACGGAAACGGUGACAUGCUUCCCUUCUGUCGUCAUUGUUCAGAAACCGUCAACCGGAGAUGACAUGAUUUUGGGGAUCCUGAAGACGCAAGCGAACCAAAUAUAGGCUCUAACCGCAGUUGUGGCACAGCACGGUCUGGUGCUGGAACUUCUCACAUCUUUGAAUGUACCUGCUGCUUGUGACAACAAACCGAUCAUGGACCUGAACCUAAACUUGCAUCCUUUUGGAGGAGUGCAUAUUUACCCAAGCGAUGGAACACUUCAAGAGACGGUGAAAGAGGUAGCGAACACCAGAAUGUUCCCAGAUGAAGCUCCGACACGCCAAGAGUGUCCUCCACCAAAACCAGAGGACGUUGUCCGAGGUAUAUCAGCCCCACCGCCUACAAGGAUGGCCAGGGUCAAUAAGGGAAAAGCCGGUACUCCCCAACCAGCACCACAAGUCAACUUACAAGUUUGUAGUUCUCCAAACGGAUUUUAUUUUCAGGUUAUUGUUGGUUUAUUUUUUUAAAGAUAUUCUCCGUGGUAUUUAUAUACAUAUGUAUAUGUAAUUUCCUUCAUGUCAGAGAAAGCUGUCCUUUAAAGAUGAAGGAGAAUCAUCACAAGACCUCAUAAGAAACAUAAGGUCCACAGGUCCUGGCUCUCCAUGGACAUUUUACACACACAGGAGUGCGGACAUUAGGUCAGAGGAGACUCCAAAGGUACAUGAAACACUGCAUGGAAACCCUGGAUCCCCAUUGUUUUGUAUGUUUAGGGUCAACUUGCUCAAUUUUUCUCAUUCGUGUCGAAAGAAAGAUAUGUUUUCGGUCUGGACAAAAUUUUUUUUUCUUUUCGUAUAGGUCCGGACGACAAAUAUUUGGGUUCAUUACCUUUUCUUGGGCCGGCAUAUGUGGCAAUUUGGAAUUUAAUUUUUUUUACUACGUAGCCCAACAUUUGCAUGUCCAAUUUGGUGACCAUUAAUGUUUAAGGGGCCACUACUGCAUCUUGGGCCACAGGUGGCUUUAGUUAGACCCAAUAGCCUUCUCAUAGUCUGAUGGAAUGCUUUCCUUACUAAUCAUUAUUGUUUGGAUCACUUUUUUAUUUAACUGCAAGUGGGUUAUUUUCCGUGAAACCGUGAACUGUUUAUGUCUUGCUAUGCAAAUAUAAUAACCUUCGGACCAUUGGGUAUACUCUUAAGGUUUUAUUCAUGUUGGGCCCGUAUACUAAGAAAUUUAAGAAAUUUUAUUUCCGCGAUUCCAACACCCUCAUGGAGAAGCAAUGCUUGGACCUCUCAUUCUGGCCCCCCGCCAGGGAUGCAGUUUGUUGGCCACGAGCUCGCUGUUGCGGCCUACAUCUUUGCCAACGGCCUACAACUGAGCGAAAUCUUGGUGGAGAAUGAACAUUGCACCGGGAAUUGGGAAGCCCUUUGGACAUUACGCCCUGGAGAGGAGGUCGUCGACGACGUUAUCAACCUUGUCGUGGCAAUGUUUUCCUCAAAUAUGGCUGAGAAACAAAGGUGGUGGCUUCCUACCACGUUUGCGCAAAUAGCGAUGAGCCCAGGCCACCAUUGCAAGUCAACCCUGGAUUACAUCGUAGCUAAGUACAUGGGUUUCGUCGACAAUCUACUGAAGAUUUAUGUUCCUCUCCACAUGGGACGCCACUGUUAUUUGAUGAUUGUUGACAUGUGGGAUCAGAAUUUGAUUUAUCUGGAUUCAUUAAAGUCCACCGUCGAGCGACAGGCUCGAAUAGACCAAAUAUUGGAAGUUGUUUCCUCUCACUACUGAUUCUCGUCUAAUCUCCCUCUGAUUUUCUUUUUUUUUUAUCUCAUUCGCUUCUAGAUUUUGUUCAUUUGUUACAAUGACAUGAUUGCCCCUUUAACAAUAAGCAAAAUUUGUUCCCCAUAGCUGCAUAAUUUUUAAGAUUCAUCCCACACAUGGUGCUAACAAUAUGUAUCUCACUAAUCAUUGUAGGCUCGUUUACUUGAGCUAUUGUUGUCUGACAUGUCUGCAUACGAGUGUAAGACGACUGUGCCGAAGUCUAUAUCAAAGUUUAGGAUCCACGAGCCACACAUUUCUCAACAGGCUGCGGAUUCGUAUGUUGUGAACUCUUUCACUGAUUCCUUUCUGCCAUGCUUACUUUAUUCAUUAUAAAGUUCAUUUCUGUGUUUGCGGCAAUGACUGCGGAGUUUGGGUUGCAGAGUGGAUGAUCCAAUACGAUUUAUGGGCAUCAUAUGACCUUCAAGUUAGAUAAUUAAAUGGUUCAUUGAAUGCUUUCAAUCCUGUACAUGAUUUAGGUUGAAUUUCAUGUGGUUGUAAUGAAUAUAUAUGUAUUACCAUUGUGUGUUCUCCUUUCAGAAGAUCAAUGGACACACCAGAAUGACCAUUGCUGUUGAUCUAGUUAUGGGUGAGCACAACCCAAUCUCCGAAGAAGUUCAACAAAAGGCUGUUCAAUUCUGGGACAGGAAUAUGAUUUGUUCUUACAUGAAAGGAGCCAGACCAAGAAAGAGGACCCGUAGCCCUGUAGGGCCACUAAGUCCCUAAGUUUGAUGUGGCUCAAAUUAUAACAUUUUUUGGGUUGUUGAAUGCUCUAUCAAAUGCUUUAAUGGAUCUCUGGCAGGAUGAAUUGGCCUGCGUUCAACACUUUCAUCGGUGCUCCCUUUUUUGAUCAAUAUGAAUGAACCACAAUCUGGGUACAACCAACCUUUGUGUGACCGUACUUGUUGGGUUAACAUUAGUUGGCGUUAAAUGCAUCAAAUGAGAUCUGGUUUGCUAUUAUUUUUUUGUCUCCAUACAUGA